AUGGCGCAGCCCAGACACUUUGCUGUGUGUCCUGUUAUGGGGCGGCUGGCCCCGCUCUCCAGCGUCAUCCCAGCUGUUCUGGGGCAGGCGCCGGGCGAGUCCUGCAGCCCGACCCCAGAGCGUACGAGGGAGAAGUAUGGAACCGAGCCCUGCCGGGCCCGGCUCUGCCUGGCGACGGACAGCCGAACCCCGGGCAGACAACACGCGCGCACCAGCCGACGGAGAGAAUCGACGUCACGUUCAGAGACUGCCGAGCCAGCGCUCGCAGCAAAGCCCCUGGCGAUCGCAGGCACGUGUUCAGCAGGGAGAUUCUGGAGCCCGGGAGACUCAUUAAUCUCCCUCCCCACCCGCUUUGUUCUCCACUUGUUUUCUCUUACCCCCACCCCUGCAGCCUUCCCUCCUGUCCCCCCAGGGUUUGUCACCUUCCGGGUGCUCCUAACCUCUCGAUUCCACAACGCCAGCUCCGCGGACAUGGAGCUGAAGGCCCUGCUGGGCGACCUGGAGACCCACUCCCUGGACUGCAACACCUGCCAGGUCCGCUUCCUGCAGCCCUGGGCCCAGCAGGGCCUGACCCCGAAGCAGUGGCAGGACCUGGAGCUGCUGAUCCAUCGCUCCCUGUCCGACUUCAUCCUCACAGUGACCAGAAUAGCUCAGCAGCAGGGAAUGGGCUGUGAGUACGGAGCCAGCUGA